AUGCCGUCCAAACAGCCCCAGAAUGCGCUGUUCCAGGUCUACCUGCGCCUGCGACCCCCGAUGACCCAAAGACACGACGAUGCCGAACGUUUCCUGACCGUUGAAGCCCCAGAGGCGUCCCACGAUGACGGAGAGAUCGUCGCGCCCGUUCCGACUCACAUCACCCUGCAGCCGCCCAACGAUACGCGCAAACGUGCCAUCGAGAAAUUUGGCUUCACAAAGGUCUUUGAGGAAAAUGCGACGCAAUUGGAUAUCUUCCACGACACAGGGAUGGAAUCCAUCGUGAGAGGGGUUCUGAAAGAAGGCCGGGAUGGAUUGGUUGCUACACUCGGAGUGACAGGAAGUGGAAAGAGUCACACUAUUCUAGGAGAUAAAUCGCAACGAGGCAUUACUCAGAUGGCACUCGACGUCAUUUUCCGGUCCCUGGAGCCCACCAAGAAAACCGAGGAUGGUAGCAUCAGCCCUUUGAUGCUCGCCUCAUUAGCUGCAUCGGACGCCUCCGAGGCCCAGCUAUUCUCGGCCCAAACUUUUCUGGAAGCCGUAUACGGCGAGCCCAAUGCUGGCCGUAGCUCAAGAGCCCAAACUCCCAUGAGCCCGUCUCGUGCGCACACCCCAUCAACGGUACGGAGCCCCGAAUCCCUGAACCCCCAGGAAGGAUCGCCAAGCAAGCGAGUACCUGUACUUGGACCCGGUAUCCCCAGGCCAGACCCCAGCCGGAUCUACUGUCCCAAUGGCAUGGAACAACUCAGCUUUGACCCACAGUCAACUGAGCAGUCUAGAAGGAUCGACCCCGGAUCCCUAAAUCCUCUUCCCUUUACCCGCAUCAAUACCUACGAGACCCGUUUAGCUAAAUCACGACUUUAUGUCUUCAAGGAGCCGACCCCCGCAUUGAUUUUUCCCCGUCGUCAGCCCCGCGAACGACCUCCGACUACCCAAAAACUACCCGAUGUGAGCCAUCUUGCCGUGGAUCUUAAUUCAAGCUCAGACUACGUUGUUCUGGUAUCCAUGUACGAGGUUUAUAAUGACCGCAUCUUCGAUUUGUUGUCGCCUUCGAUUGUACCUGGCCAAGGGAGCACCAUGUCCCGUGGAAACGCCCAGAAGGACCGACGCCGCCCCUUGUUGUUCAAACCUACCGAGGGAUCUCCGGACCGGAAGCUGGUCGCAGGUCUACGUAAGAUUGCCUGCAGUAGUUACGAGGAGGCUUUGGCUAUUCUUGAUGUCGGGUUGACAGAGCGCAAAGUCACUGGUACUGGAGCUAAUAGUGUUAGCUCACGGAGCCAUGGCUUUUUCUGUCUCGAGGUUAAGAAGCUGGCACAUAGCAAGCGACAGGGCGAAGCAAUCUGGACCGGAAACACUCUGACAGUGGUUGACCUAGCGGGAUCUGAACGAGCCAGAACCGCGAAAACUGCUGGCGCAACUCUUGCAGAGGCUGGCAAAAUCAACGAGAGUCUCAUGUACCUCGGUCAAUGUCUGCAAAUGCAAAGCAAUCUCCAAGAUGGAGUCAAGACUGCCCUCGUUCCAUACCGUCAGUGUAAACUCACUGAACUCCUAUUCUCUAAUUCCUUCCCCUCAUCCAACCAAAUGUCUCGGGGCCAGUAUCCUCAAAAGGCCGUCAUGGUUGUGACUGCUGAUCCGGUUGGCGACUUUAACGCAACCUCUCAAAUCCUGCGCUACUCAGCACUAGCACGCGAGGUGACAGUGCCACGGGUACCAUCUCUGACCGAGUCAAUCAUUUCUGUGGCCUCUGCUCGGGGUCGAUCAACCAGCGGUCGCGCUUCCCCCAACGAUGCUUCAGCAGAAGAUCUAGAUCGUGCGAUGGCUGAAAUUGCCAGGCUGACGAAAGAUUGCCACGGCCUCGCCGUGCGAUUGGCUGAAGAAGAGAUUGUUCGCUCUGAGGUCGAGCUGAGGCUGCAAGCUGCCGAAGAUCGAUGUGUCAUGAUCGAACAAGAGGUUCGUGAAGAAUGCUGGGCUGAUAUGGAUGAGCAAAUGGAGCAAGAGCGAAGGCGCUGGCAGGCUGCAUGGGAUGAGCAGAUCGGCCGCAAUGAUGACCACAUCGACAAGAAGAUUGAGCUAGUCUCUCGCGGGUUCAACAUCUACGAAGACCCCGAGCAGUCAACGAAUGAUAGAGUGGAAGAACUGGAAAACGAAAACGAGCAACUUCGUCGCCGAUUGGCCAUUCUUGAACGUGAAAUGUCGUCUCACUCACCAACUCGCAAGCCAAGGGCAAGACACGCCCCGCCAUCUCCCACCAGAUCCGCCAACCGUCUUGGCCGGGAGAGUGACAUUGAAAACGCUCUACAGCGCAUGAACCAACUCAACCUUACCGACAGCAUGUUCUCGCCACCAUCUCCCACGCCUAAGUCUUCUUCACCCGGUAAGAAGACGAGGAAGAUCUCGACUCGCAAGUGGGAUUUGGCGCCAGAGAGCGAGAUCUAG